GCGAUCUUUGAAAAUUAGGGCCCAGACAGACCUGUCAAAUUAGGGCAAAAUUGUAGAGGGGGUGCUUUCGUUCACGAAGACCGCAAGAGCAUCAGCAGAAUUCUUCGCAACUGAUAUACCAUUUCUAUUCUUCGAAAGUUCGAUUCAAUGAGUCUCACCCAAUUUGCCAUGGUUGAAGAGUUAGCUAGUCUUGUUAAAGACAACUUGCCUUGCAAGCAUCUCAUUUUGUCGAUAGAAGAGAUGUUAGUUGAUGUUCUUCAGAAUGACACAAGUAUAGGUCAAGUGCUUGAGUUGGAGCCCAUGAAUCCUUAUGAGCGUUUGCUCGUGCAUCGUCUUGCUGAGAUCUUUGGGUUUUCUCAUCAUUCUGUUGGUGAAGGAGAAGCCAGACACCUAAUGUUGGAGCGCUGCCCAGAGACAUCAAUACCUCCCAUCCUCGUCACUGACUUACUGUGGCAGUUUGGUGAAGUGCCAUCUCCUACGAUUUAUGAUGUACCAAGACAAAAAAAUGUUGUGACAGGCCAAAGUGAUGUUACAGCCGGUGAAACUUCGCUGAAGGAGAGAGAAGCAAACUAUAAAGCUGCCCGGGACAUUAUUUUUUCUUCAGAUACACAGACUCACCUGGUCAAGCAGAGGCCAAGAAAUGACACAGUAGUUGCUCGUCGUAUGAUCUCUCAUGCGCUUGGUAAAAUCAACAAGGAGCCGUCUCAAGAGCACAGUUCCGGUGGAAUGGAUCAAAUGAAUGUCUCCUGUCGAAGCAACAGCCACACUUCUUCGAAUGCCUCAUCUGAUGCGCAGAAUUUCAAUGGAGCCGAGUCGUCUACAAGUAAAUUGGCGCAACAGAAAAUCAACUUAGCCCAACGACAAAAGGAAGGCUCUUUGUCAGAACAAAAGGACAGCAGCAACCAUGAAAGCCAGACGAGGAAUGAGCAAAUGGGAGCUGCGAAGAGGCUAUUUGCCAAUGCCCUCGGAAUAGAUAAAAGAGAUAUCAAUCGAUCCAAGAACAGCAUAACAAAGAAGACAAAUGGAUGAGCUUUAGACUCGAGUUUAUGGAUCACUCAGUGGAUUCUAUUGACAUGACUGAGAUUUGGAAGCUUUUUGGCAUCUUAAUCUGUAGCCAUAUCGAAAAUUGGUGCUCUAAAAGAUUGACUGUCGAUGUUCAUCUCAAUAGACUCAAAGAUUGGUCAUAUGGCGAAAGAAAGAGCUUAUAAGAGCCAUUGUUAUAAAUCUUUUGCAGUGCUUUGUGUAAAACAUAUUUACUUUGAAUGUAUAUAGAUUUUCAAAUGUGGUUUGCUACUUUUCGAGUUUUGGUACUCAGUAAGCCUAAAGGCAAGUGCAAUAGUUUGUAAACCAUGCUAGUUAGAAAACUCAAUUUAGAAGACAUUGGUAGGAUAUAAAUCGGCCAAACAAAAGACAAACCUAGCUACUUCGAG